AUGCAACAGCGGACUUGGGUGAGCUCAGCCCUCCUCGCUGUCUGUAUCGAUGAAGUUGUUUCAAAGAUGGCGGAUUUCCUGCCGUCCCGCUCCUUCUUAUCUGUAUGUUUCCCCAAUUGUCUCCUCACAAGCGGCGAGGUAGAACAGUUGCGGAAAUCUAAAGAGAUAGAUAAGUGUAUUAAUCGAGAUAAGACUUAUGUAAAAAGGCUAGUAAAGAUCUUAUUACUUGGAGCAGGCGAGAGCGGCAAGUCCACUUUUCUCAAGCAGAUGCGCAUUAUCCAUGGGCAGGACUUCGAUCAGAAGGCCAAAGAAGAAUUCAAAGCCACGAUUUUUAGUAAUGUUAUAAAAGGUAUUCGAGUGUUGGUGGAUGCUCGAGAGAAACUAUACAUCCCGUGGGGCAACCCGUCCAACCAGCGGCAUGGAGACACCAUGAUGGCGUUUGACACCCGGUCGGCGAUGGCCCACGGUCACGGCAUGGUGGAGCACAAAAUUUUUCAGCACUACCUGCCAUCCAUCAGGGCCCUGUGGGCCGACGAGGGCAUCCAGAACGCCUACGACCGCCGCAGAGAAUUCCAGCUGGGGGAGUCAGUCAAGUAUUUCCUGGACAAUUUGGAAAAGAUCGGACAGUCGGACUACCUCCCCUCCCAACAGGACAUCCUCCUGGCCAGAAAGCCCACUAAGGGCAUCCACGAGUACGACUUUGAGAUUAGGAACGUGCCCUUCAAGAUGGUGGACGUGGGUGGUCAGCGCUCUGAGAGGCGGCGCUGGUUCGAAUGCUUUGACUCCGUCACUUCCAUCCUCUUUCUUGUCUCUUCCUCUGAAUACGACCAGGUGCUGAUGGAGGACCGGCAGACCAACCGGCUGAGCGAGUCCCUCAACAUCUUCGAGACCAUCGUCAACAACCGGGUGUUCAGCAACGUCUCCAUCAUCCUGUUCCUGAACAAGACGGACCUGCUGGAGGAGAAGGUGAAGCAGGUAUCCAUCAAAGACUACUUCCCUGAGUUCUCGGGUGACCCCUCGUGCCUGGCGGACGUCCAGUGCUUCCUGGUGGAAUGCUUUCGGAAAAAGCGACGCGAGCAGCAGCAGAAGCCCCUGUACCACCACUUCACCACGGCCAUCAACACUGAGAACAUCCGGCUGGUGUUCCGCGACGUCAAGGACACCAUCCUGCACGAUAACCUCAAGCAGCUGAUGCUGCAGUGAGGAGGAGGAGGGAUGGGUGGAGGCAGGAGGAAAGUGGGCGUCAAGGUGCCUUUUUUCCUUACCCCCCCCCACCACCACCAGCUUCGUAAGGGGAACGGGCGGUGUCCCUCCAUCCCUCCACCCCUCCUCCUUUGACCCUCUCAUCACUUUGAACUUUGACUGUGUAAUAAAGCCACUACUACUACCACCAUUCCCCCACGCUUGCUCUCUGCCUUACUGAGCUGGUUCACUGUGACUGAUAACAGCCGUCUUUGGCUCAAAGCCACCACCCUCUGACCCUUGAUACCACUGUAAACGACUUUUAACCCCCACUCUCAAUCCCCCCCCCCCCCCCCCCCCGUCCCUGUCCACACCCUGCAGUGGACCUGCCGCCAACUUUUAUGGUAUUUGCUAUUCUAAUUCACCUCCACACGCUGUCAUUUUUUUCUGUGCUGCUCUGACCACUGUUGCUAAGGGGGGAGGGGGGGGGGUUGUUUUAAAUCAUUACUGAGUUGUCGUCCAAGCUGCCUGCAGGCGCCGGCGUCCUCAGCGACUGUUGCCAGGUGUUGCCUUCCUUUCCAGAACUUAGUUUGUUUUGUCUCUGGUUUUACUUCUGCUUUCCACUGGCGCUUGGUGAUGACAUCACUGGGCUGGGGACUUCCUCUGAGGGCAGUGGAACAGGAAAGAACAGGGCUGACACACACACAGAUAGGAAUUUUUGCUCUGAAUUCCACCUAAUUCUAGUUUUCUAAUCAAUUUGUUUCUUUUUCUAAUAUAUGGAUAUACUGUAUGCACCUAUGCAUUUUCUUUAACUUAUAUUUUAGAGGGGUUUACACUUUGUGGAUUUGUGACUGCUGAUGGACUCUGUUACAGGUCAUUAAAGGGGGGGGGGGGGGGGGGCUGAUAAGAGAGCACAGACACAAACACAUAGACCACUUUCAAAACGAAACGCUGUGCUAUAAGGGCAGCUGGUGCACGGUUAGUUUCUCAGGGCACAUUGUGAACCACUUCUUUGUGAUUUGAAGCCAACCAGAACACAUGCCUCUGCCCUUCCACAUGAGUCAAAUGACACAUUUCAUUUUACCACAUUUUACCAUCAGAGUCUGGACAAACAGACCUCAUGGUGCCAUCUGGAUGGUCUGUAUUUCCACCUGAUAUUAGUAAGCUCUCAAUAUGCAUACAAGGUUCUCUGAACCAAAAGGCACACCGAAUCAGAGCAUCUAGGAGGCCAGGACCAAGCCUCGGGGCCAACAAUGCUGGUGUUUGGCCCUUGAAGAGCACAUCUGAUGGCGUGCCGUCGCCAUGUUUUCUGUGUGCAGUGAAUGUGUUCAUCCCUCUCCAGAUAACACAACCCAAAGGUAGAUCACGUGUUUAUACCGAGGGUACAUGGUGGGCAUCUGCUGUGCUACGGUUUUAUCAUGUGGGAACAGUAAUCAACCACAAAAUCCCUGUAAUGGGACAGAAAGGCGUGACCAUGAGAAGUACCCAUCACCCCGCACAUUUUGGCAGUCGACUGUGCUGCUUGUCUAUACGCUCACUGCGUGGACAUGACUUGUGUCUCUCUUCAUCAGAGUUGCAUUGUAAAGCUGCACACUGAGGUAAGCAGUCCUGCUGAAUCAAGAAUUGAAAAAAAUGGUUUCCAAAAAUACCAAAUUUGAGGUAACUCAUGCUGGAGCCUGUUUGCUUUGAAAAUGUCCUCCAGUGUCACCACCAUGUAGCCUGUGUGAUGUGACUGCCUCUGAAUGCUUCUCAGGGGAGAAAAUGUCGUAAAACGGUGAAGGGUGGUGUGGUUAAAGUUGAAAAGGAAGCAGGGAAAGUGUUUCCCUUCUUGCUCUCAGCAGGAUUACCACCUGAAGUGUUGUGUAUUAUCCAAGUGAUGAUGUGGCUCAUUUUCUAAAAGGUACCUGGUGAUGUUCUCCCCUCUGUGCAGCCUAAGUUAAAAACAAAAGUGAUAAAGCCAGUGUGACUGAUGACCUGCGGCCCACUCUCCCUGUUGCUGUACAGCGUAUGUGCAGUUCACAUUGUCCUCUCAACUCCUUAUUGAUGUAUCAGUGUGCAUCUCUCACACCAACCGCUGAUCUAACCUCCCACACAGAUUUGUAUGUAUGACCGUGAGUGUUAUUUUUAUUUUAUUUAAAUGUUUAGAUGUUUAUUUAAACAAAAGCAGGCGCCUGGUGGCCUGGCUUACAGUGAUGUAAGAUUGUUUUCAGCCCUGAACACCAAAGUCCUCCAUGUGCCCCAGUAGAUCCGUGGCUCCACUGGUUCAUGCUAACACUGCAGCAUGUGUGGAAGGAUAAUAAAGAUGCUAAAAGUUUCAGAAGUAAUGAAGUUGGCCUAAGUUGAGCCCUUGCAAAUCCCUGACUUUGAACCAGAUGUACAGAAAAGGUUUGAUCUUACAGUGUUGUGUUUGCUGAACACAGGCCUUCUAAAUACAUCAGCACAGCUAUGUUGUUUUACUCUUGUCUCUAUAGUUGUACUUGCUAAUGGCAGCUAAUCACUGAGAAUAAGACCCCCCCGACAGAUCGUUGCUCCCGCGCACCUCUUACGUUUUGUCUACACUGGACGCCUUUCAGCCUGGUUUCCUGGUCUUUGCUCUGCGUUUUAAUCAGCUCAGCUGUGUACACAGGCGGUACAGCUUCGGUUUCACACUCUCAUGAAUGUGACCUACAAAACCUCUAACGGGGCACAUGAGAAAACUAGAUAGUGUUUGCGGGCUCAGUAAUGACCCAAAUACUGUCACUAGCACGCUCUUGCUCUAAGCGACAGUUAGAAAUGUACCUACAGGUCUGUGAAUUAGGGAUGGCUGUCAGACGUCCAGUUAAGUGACUGUAGUUAGUUACUCUUUUAGUGUUUUAAAACCUUACAGUAUACAAAUCAUGCAGUUACCUUUUUUAAUGUACGCUACAAUGUACUUUUUCCAAAAAACAUUGGUUUCCUUCCAUCUCUGUACGCCAUGACACACAGACUCAAAAUAAGCUUGUGUAGUCCGUCACAAUGAACCUUUGUCAUGGUGAUGUCACGUUACAUGAAAAGUCUGCACCGCAUGGCCUCCUUACUGUUGUGUUACUCUGAACCCGGGGGUCUGCGCCAGUCUUUCACUGGAAUGGAUUGCACAACUCAAGCCAUUUUCAUCUGUGUUCAUGGAUUCAGUGGAAGAAAAGUCUGUUUCUAAAACAGCAGCAUGAUUAGCAAAACGGUUAGAUGUACUGUAAAGUAUUCAGGAUGUGUCGUACGUGGAUUAAUCCCUUUGUUCCUGCAGCUAAUGGAGGCACACGAGUGAGAUCUGUAGAGCAGCUGCUGGUGUUGUGCUGCGGCUGAAGGCAGGAAGCUGUUUUUCACACCACUCGGUUCACUGGCCUCUUUUUUUCACAACUGCCGCCUUCACGUCACAUGAUUAGUUGCCUCUUCUUCGGCUCGUGUAUUUCUGUGUUUCUUUUUUCUCCUCGGAUUUGCAGGAUGACUGGGUGUGAGGCCAGCCUCUGAUAUCUUUUACAUCUAGCUUUGAAUACUGGUUCCCUUGAUGGGUGAGAUGAAGGGGAAAUAAAAAAAGAGACAAAUCAGGUCCUCUGUCCCUGAUGGCAGUAUCAGCAUAGUACUUCCUGUCCCCCAGACCAAAAGGGAAGCUGCUGUCGCUCAACGUAUGCUCUAGCAUGGAGCAUUGAAGUCACAUGGCUGAUUUUUAUUUUGUGUGUGUGUUCCCAACUCAAAAAGAGGAAGUUGACCAACAGGACCAUUUACCAAAAGCUCAGUGAAUUCCUCAAACUGUGAGAAACCUGUCAGCAAAACUCGUCCUCCGUCAGCGCGUCUGCAUCUGGAUGAAGCUGCGUGCGAGCGAGCGUGCGACACAAACACGGCCCUGUCUGGUGCUGCUCGGACAGCCUAAAGCUAAAGCCCAGCAGAGGCCUCUUUGUCUGGAUUCAGAGUGUUGUGUCCUGUCAUUUCAGGCCAGAAGAAGGCCUGUUGUUGCACAAACACACACACACACAUCAUGAAGUCACAGUAGAACAGCCCUGUACCCUGAGUUGGUCUUUGUCAGCGCUGAACAAAUUUGGUUUUGAUUGAGCACAGACCGUAUAUUGUCACAUUUAGACCAGUACUCCAGAAGGAAACAUGCGCUUACCAGCAUGUGGGAGCUUUCAGCUGCAUCUCACAGUCUGCAGUGAAUGGAGCUAGCUCAGGGUGCACCCAGAGACCACCUGCUAGCAUGUGACCCAUGUGACACCUGAGCCAGCUCCAGUCGCACAUGAAGACCAGGAGGUGUGUUUGAAAGCUACAAAAGUGAUGGGGUGCAGGCAGUCCAGUUAGCAUCCACAUUAAUUUGUCACCUGAUCCCAGAGGACCAUGGGGACCUGUCUGGGAACAGGGAAGAACUGGGGCCUUGUGUAAGUAGUUAUUUAUGAUCUUUUCUCUAAGCAAAGUCUAGACUUGACCUAAGGGAAUUUGACCUGUAGGGCUUUUCCAGUUUGGGACAUAUGUGCCCAAGGCUGUUUUGAACUAUUCAGACCACCGAAUAAAAUGUUUGGCCUGGCUCCUUUACCAUCUGCGUGAUCCCGUCUUCCAAAAAAAAAGUUUGCUUUGUUUUUUUGGUUCCGGACUAAACCCUCGUUUGUGCUAGCACUGCGUAGGGGAAAGAGCUGAUUGUAAGUCAAAGUUAAUUUGAGAUUUGUAGAACACAGGUGUUCAAGUUUACAACCUGUGUGAGCGAGCUUUCCUAUGCUCAGAAUCCUUUAUGACAUAAGCACACCGUUGGAAAUGAUCUUAGGGCUAAGUUCAAGAACAUUUAUAUAAAUUAGGCCUCUGGUUUUAGCCAAGAGGCCUUGUUUGAGUUCUGCUCCCAAAGCACCGCCUCUUUCAGUGUUUCACCCAUGACGAACCAGAUGCUCUGCCUUUGACUUUGCCUUGUAAAAUUUCUGAUACCGGUUUUGUACACUGCAUCUUGUGUAUGUUCUGUGAAUCUGACUGUAACAGUAUGAAGCAAAUAUUUAGAUUGUUUUCUGUUUGAAAAAUGGAGAGAAAAUCCCGUUCUUUGUAAAUACCUGUGAGAGGAACCCCAUGUCCACUUCCGUAGUCCAAACUAUGCAGCAGCACUGCUCCGCGGCCAUGACUUGGUAUUAUAUUGUGUUAUGUUACGAGUUGACUGACUGAUGAUUCUCUUGUUGCCAGUGUCUUUAUAGAAAUGUGUCUGUGAAGAAAUUUGCAAAUGAUCUGCCAAAUAUACUGAUGUUCAGUGCCUCCUUUUCCAAGCUCUGCCUAUAAUGUCCAAUCAUGUUAAAGGAUUUAUUCUGUGUAAUAGGUUUUUAAAUGACGCCACAGCAGUUUGAUGCCUCAUAUCAAGUAAUUCACAUAAAACAUUUUCCCCCCAAUUUGGGUAUCUUUAAAUAAACAAGCCUUCAAUGUACAGUCUAACUUAUGCAGUCUUACCCUUCUACUGUCCAAUAAAUCCAACUGUUUUUUAAAAAACA